CCUUUUGAACCAUCUACUGAUCAUUAUUAUCGUCAAGAACAGCUACAACCACAACAGCCUUCAGAACCAUCUACUGAUGAAUAUUAUCGACAAGAAUUACCGCAGCAAUCUUCGGAACCAUCUACUGAUUAUCAUCAUCGUCAAGAACAGCUACAGCCGCAGCAACCUUUUGAACCAUCUACUGAUGAAUAUUAUCGACAAGAAUUACCGCAGCAAUCUUCGGAACCAUCUACUGAUUAUCAUCAUCGUCAAGAACAGCUACAACCACAGCAACCUUUGGAACCAUCUACUGAUGAAUAUUACCGACAAGAAUUACCGCAGCAAUCUUCGGAACCAUCUACUGAUCAUUAUUAUCGUCAGGAACAGUUACAAAGACAACAGCCCUCAGAAACAUCAGCUGAUGACUAUUACCGCCAACAACAGCAACUCCUGAAAUCUGAUGACCAUCAUCGUCAGGAAUUGCCACAGCAACCUUUUGAACCAUCUACUGAUUACCAUUAUCGUCAAGAACAGCUACAACCUCAACAGCCUUCAGAACCAUCUACUGAUCAUUAUUUUGGUCAAGAACAGGGACAAAGUGGCUUUAAAAAUUCUAAUGGUACUGUUUCUGCCUUCAGUCCAACUUUAGAAUCCGGAUGCACUCGAGAUCAAAUUCAUGGAAAGCCUUCCUCAGGACUUGACAAAGACUUAUCUGGUUGGAGUGUUUGGACAACCUGGUCUAUCUGUCCCGUUACAUGUGGUGAUAGUGUACAAACUAGAUGGCGAACGUGUGCGGCUAGUGAUGCGACAUGCCAUGGUAAAGCAACUCAACAAAGGCCUUGCCACUUCCGACCGUGUGGUUUGUGGGCGGAAUGGUGCGAUUGGACUCAGUGUUCAGCAACUUGUGGAUAUGGUUUACAAACUCGCAGCCGACGUUGUUUGUAUCCUUCAGAUCAGCAAUGUCAUGGUAGGAAUUUGGAGGGAAGGGUAUGCCACGCUGGCAUAUGUCUUGCAGAUUGGAAUACUUGGUCGAAAUGGUCAAGUUGCAGCGCAAGUUGCGGCGGAGGAUUCAGAGAAAGGCAUCGAUCUUGCCCAUCUGAUGAUUGUUUAGGUUCCAAAUAUCAGACAUUACCUUGUUCACCAGUAGCAUGCCCGCAAUGGUCGAGUUGGGGGUUCUAUAGCACUUGUUCAGCUACUUGUGGACUUGAUGCUCGUCGUAGUCGACGAAGGAUAUGUAUCGGUGGUGCAAACUGCAAAGGACUCAAAGAAGAAACAAUACAUUGCCAUAACUUAGCUCCAUGUCCUGAGUGGACCGAAUGGGAACAAUGGUCCAAGUGUUCGACCACUUGUGGAUAUGGAGUUAUCACACGUCAACGCACGUGUCUUGGCGGACCAUUUUGUGAAGGUGAUCGAAUCGAGGAAAAGAAAUGUGAGCAUUCUGAGUGUUCUUAUUGGUCAGGUUGGAAAGAAUGGUCUUCAUGCACGGUUACUUGUGGCGAUGGUAUGAAACAACGAAAGCGUGUGUGUCAAUAUGGCACUGAUUGUCUUGGGUCGAACGAGGAAACAGCAUUUUGCUUCGGACCGCCGUGUUCUGCUUGGAGUCAUUGGGAAGCGUGGAAUCGCUGCUCGCAGAAGUGUGGACCUGGACAAAAAAGUAGAAGUCGACAGUGUUACAGCAGCAGCGGAACGACUCAAGACUGUAUUGGAAAAUCUAAGGCACAAAUUUAUCACUGCUGUAAUGUCGUGGAUCCACUUCUGCUUGAGACGGUACUUUGUUACGAAAUGAGUUGCUGUCAUUGGUCGCCUUGGGGGAAUUACGGACCUUGCAGUCGUAAUUGUGGAACCGGCACGAGACGGCGUGAAAGAAAGUGCCAACAGCCAGACUUUGAUGGACAAGAAAAUGAAAUGUGUACGUGCCCAGGACCAAACAUUGAAGAGGACAAUUGUAAUACACAAUCAUGCACUUUGCGGUGCCAGUGGACGCAUUGGUAUGCGUGGACGACCUGUUCAUCUCAAAAUGCGUGUAAAUCAGGCUUUUCGACAAGAAAGAGACAGUGCGUUGGGGAAGCAGGAUGUCUAUGCCCAGGUUUAGUCGAUGAGAUAAAAAGUUGUAACGAUGGACAGUCUUGUACUUCCAACACUAAUGUUCAGAGUCACUUCAUGUUGUGA